GCUUAAUCCCCUGCACCACUGUAUGAGCACUGAGUAUCAUGGGAACUACGCUGUCAGUAUCGCCAGGCUACCAUAAGGCAACGCUGUGUGAUGAGGCAGCACAGAACAGCAAGAACACCAAGCGGUCCUCAGUUAUUGGCGUGUUACCGUGGAAACGAAUCGUCGCCGCUUCUGCGAGACGGAAAGGGUCGAAGAAGCUCCCUGCAGGAGGAGAAGGAGAAGGGAGUCAGGAAGAGAGUGCUGUUAGAGUUAGUGUCAGCCUUUAUGGCAAUUUAAACCUCAAGAAGUCUCAGUCUUAUGCUAACCUAUCAGCGUUCACACAAGAGGGAGAGCUAAAUGUUCCAAAUUCCAAAACCACUAGUGACAUUGCUGCCAUCGAGGAACAGGAUCAGGAUGGGUCGGAAGGUUCCAAAUCACCAAAGCGAAUCUUGGUACAGGCAUCAACCAGUGAGCUUCUGUACUGUCUGGGUGAGUUCCUGUGCCGUCGGUGUUACCGACUAAAGUAUCUAUCAUCAGGCGACCCGGCCCUAUGGCUCCGUGCCGUUGACCGUGCCCUUUUGCUGCAGGGCUGGCAGGAGCAAACCUUUAUCUCGCCUCCAAGUGUAGUCUUCCUCUACAUGCUGUGCCGUUCAGUGAUCUCAGCCGAGGUGGGGAGUGAUUAUGAGCUGCGCCUUGAACUGCUCACCUGUUUAUACCUGAGCUACUCUUACAUGGGCAGCGAGAUCUCAUACCCACUCAAGCCCUUCCUGUUGCAGCAGGACAAAGAAGCAUUCUGGGAUAGGUGCCUGCAGAUCAUCAACUGCACCAGUGCUAACAUGCUAAAGCUAAAUGCAGACCCACGCUACUUCACACAGGUCUUUUCUGACCUUAAGAGUGAGUGUCAGUGAGGGGAAGGGGAGAGAGUACUUCUUGAUCAAUAAACACCAUGCUGCAUGUGUGUGUGUGUGUGUGUGGGUGUGUGUGUGUAGACAGUGGAACAUCUCUGAAGUUGCCAGCACUGAUUAAUACCAGAUGCAUUUAUAAAGUAGUUUCUCUAAAAAGUUUCCUCAAACUUCUCGACACACAGAAA